GGACAAACUUUGUGGGCUGUGUGGGGACUACAACGGAGACUCUCAGGAUGACUUCCAGACCCCAACUGGUGAACUGGUCCAAAGCCCCAAUGACUUUGGCCACAGCUGGAACAUAGACCCUGAGUGUAACAAGCCAGAGGUUGGUCCAUCCACAGGGUGUACAGAUGCUGAGGAGGAGUUGUAUGAAGGUCCUGCUUACUGUGGUAUCAUAUUGAACAGCAAUGGCCCAUUUGCUGCUUGUCAUCCAAAAGUCAACCCCAAUGGCUUCUUCAAAGACUGCUUGUUUGAUGUUUGUGAGCUGGAUGGUGCUCAAUCUGCAUUGUGUGAAGCAAUAGAGUCAUACGUCAAUGAAUGUCAGGACCGUGGCGUCACAAUUGGACCCUGGAGAAACAGCACCUUCUGUCCUCUGAAAUGCCCAGCCAACAGUCACUUUGAAUCAUGUGCACCAGUUUGCCAGCCUUCCUGCAAUCCAACUCCACCAAGUCAGUGCAGCGGGCCUUGCUCUGAAGGAUGUGUUUGUGACCCUGGAUAUAUCCUCAGUGCUGGCCAGUGUGUGAAAGAAGAUACAUGUGGCUGCAGCUAUAACGGACAUUAUUAUAAGCCAGGUGAAGAGUUCUUCACUAAGGACUGUGAGCUACAGUGUAAGUGCAACCCCCCAUUUGUUACCUGUAGUGCUGCUGACUGCCCACCAAUGGAACAAUGUGGAGUACAGGAUGGAGUAAUUGGGUGUUACCCACAAGAAUCUAAAGACUGUAUUAUCUCUGGUGAUCCUCAUUAUAACACCUUUGAUGGCAAAUACUACAGCUACAUGGGCACUUGUACCUACACUCUGGCCCGCACCUGCAAAAACAACACUGGUCCCUGGUUCUCCAUUGAGGCCAAGAAUGAAGAGAGAGGAGUUUCUGGCGUUUCUUACCUGAGGAAACUGUACGUGACUGUUGACGGCAUCACAGUGACAAUGAUGAAAAACAGGAGAACUCUGGUGAAUGGACUCAGGGUGUCUCUCCCUCACUCCCCAUCUCCGCUCAUUUCACUGUCUGUUGCUGGACAAUAUGUAAUCCUCACAACUCCGUUCGGCCUGAAGGUGCAGUGGGACGGCAAUCAUUACGCUAAAAUCUCUGUUCCCAGUUCCUACUAUGACCAGAUGUGUGGCCUGUGUGGGGACUAUGAUGGAAACCCCAAUAAUGAUUUCACUAAGCCUGAUGGCUCCCAAACCGACAGCUCAAAUCAGUUUGGCGACAGCUGGAAAACUGAUGAGGAUGAGGAUGCAACGUGCAAGCCUGACCCCGGGCCUCAACCUCCCUGCGAUCCUGUGCUGGAGGGCGUCGUGUCAAACCCAGAGAACUGUGGGAGAAUAACUGACACAAAUGGAGCAUUUAGGGACUGUAUAAAGGUGGUGAACCCGUUGCCUUACUUCCAGAGCUGUGUGUUUGAUAUGUGCCGUUAUCAGGGGCUUCAGCAGGUCCUUUGUGACCAGCUUCAGGCUUACACUGACGCUUGCCUGAGUGCAGGUGCACCUGUCCAUCCAUGGAGAGAGCCAGACUUCUGUCCUCUGGAAUGUCCUCUAAACAGCCAUUACUCCAUGUGUGUGAGCUCCUGUCCGGAGACGUGUCUGGGUAUCAAUGGACCCCCGGGCUGCAGUGAGAAGUGUGUCGAGGGCUGUGAGUGUGACGCUGGCUUCAUCCUCAGUGACAGCAAAUGUGUUCCUGUUAAAGACUGCGGCUGUGUGGACUCCUCAGGCUCCUACCAUCCAGUAAAUGAGAGCUGGUAUCUGGAGGGCUGUAAACAGCAUUGCACAUGUGAAGGUGGAGGAAAUAUUCACUGUUAUGACACCAGCUGUCCUCCUAGUGAGAGCUGCCAGCUUCAAGAUGGAGACUAUGUCUGCAAACCAAGCGUGACCUGCCCUCCAGACUCUGAGUACAUUGAUUGUGGCCCAGCCUGUAUUCCUUCAUGCUCAGCACCCUCUACUAACUGCUCUGGUUCUUGCAUCAGCGGCUGCUUCUGUAAACCAGGAUUUGUUUUCCGUGGCCGGCGCUGUGUUCCUAUUGAGCAGUGUGGAUGUCUGGAUGAAGAAAACAAUUACUUUGAGCCCGGUGAGAUCAUAUUUGGAGAUGGCUGUUCCAAGUUGUGUCGCUGUGCUGGCAACUACACUUUCGACUGUGUGGACAACACCUGUGACCCUGUGACAGAAGAAUGUCGGGAGGUUGGUGGAGUGCAUGGCUGCUACCCUAAAGGAACCUCCACCUGUAUUGCUUCUGGUGACCCCCAUUACACCACCUUUGAUAACCGGCGCUAUGACUUCAUGGGAAACUGUUCUUACCUGAUGUCCGAGCCUUGUAACAGCACAGACGUGCCUCACUUCGCUGUAUACACAGACAAUGAGAAUCGCUUCAACAAUCCUCAUAUCAGCUAUGUAAAGGCAGUUCAUGUCCAUGCACUGGGAGUAAUAGUGUCCAUUCUGAAAGGAGGUAUUGUGCAGGUCAAUGGCACCAAUGUGAACAUUCCUCUGAGUCCUGUCAGUGGUGUUGAUAUUUUUAUGUCUGGCAAGCACUACACAGUGGCCUUGAACUUUGGAGUAACUGUACGUUACGAUGGAAACCACUAUAUGGACAUUAAAGUUAUCAAGGACUAUGAGGACAAACUUUGUGGGCUGUGUGGGGACUACAACGGAGACUCUCAGGAUGACUUCCAGACCCCAACUGGUGAACUGGUCCAAAGCCCCAAUGACUUUGGCCACAGCUGGAACAUAGACCCUGAGUGUAACAAGCCAGAGGUUGGUCCAUCCACAGGGUGUACAGAUGCUGAGGAGGAGUUGUAUGAAGGUCCUGCUUACUGUGGUAUCAUAUUGAACAGCAAUGGCCCAUUUGCUGCUUGCCAUCCAAAAGUCAAUCCCAAUGGCUUCUUCAAAGACUGCUUGUUUGAUGUUUGUGAGCUGGAUGGUGCUCAUUCUGCAUUGUGUGAAGCAAUAGAGUCAUACGUCAACGAAUGUCAGGACCGUGGCGUCACAAUUGGACCCUGGAGAAACAGCACCUUCUGUCCUCUGAAAUGCCCAGCCAACAGUCACUUUGAAUCAUGUGCACCAGUUUGCCAGCCUUCCUGCAAUCCAACUCCACCAAGUCAGUGCAGCGGGCCUUGCUCUGAAGGAUGUGUUUGUGACCCUGGAUAUAUCCUCAGUGCUGGCCAGUGUGUGAAAGAAGAUACAUGUGGCUGCAGCUAUAACGGACAUUAUUAUAAGCCAGGUGAAGAGUUCUUCACUAAGGACUGUGAGCUACAGUGUAAGUGCAACCCCCCAUUUGUUACCUGUAGUGCUGCUGACUGCCCACCAAUGGAACAAUGUGGAGUACAGGAUGGAGUAAUUGGGUGUUACCCACAAGAAUCUAAAGACUGUAUUAUCUCUGGUGAUCCUCAUUAUAACACCUUUGAUGGCAAAUACUACAGCUACAUGGGCACUUGUACCUACACUCUGGCCCGCACCUGCAAAAACAACACUGGUCCCUGGUUCUCCAUUGAGGCCAAGAAUGAAGAGAGAGGAGUUUCUGGCGUUUCUUACCUGAGGAAACUGUACGUGACUGUUGACGGCAUCACAGUGACAAUGAUGAAAAACAGGAGAACUCUGGUGAAUGGACUCAGGGUGUCUCUCCCUCACUCCCCAUCUCCGCUCAUUUCACUGUCUGUUGCUGGACAAUAUGUAAUCCUCACAACUCCGUUCGGCCUGAAGGUGCAGUGGGACGGCAAUCAUUACGCUAAAAUCUCUGUUCCCAGUUCCUACUAUGACCAGAUGUGUGGCCUGUGUGGGGACUAUGAUGGAAACCCCAAUAAUGAUUUCACUAAGCCUGAUGGCUCCCAAACCGACAGCUCAAAUCAGUUUGGCGACAGCUGGAAAACUGAUGAGGAUGAGGAUGCAACGUGCAAGCCUGACCCCGGGCCUCAACCUCCCUGCGAUCCUGUGCUGGAGGGCGUCGUGUCAAACCCAGAGAACUGUGGGAGAAUAACUGACACAAAUGGAGCAUUUAGGGACUGUAUAAAGGUGGUGAACCCGUUGCCUUACUUCCAGAGCUGUGUGUUUGAUAUGUGCCGUUAUCAGGGGCUUCAGCAGGUCCUUUGUGACCAGCUUCAGGCUUACACUGACGCUUGCCUGAGUGCAGGUGCACCUGUCCAUCCAUGGAGAGAGCCAGACUUCUGUCCUCUGGAAUGUCCUCUAAACAGCCAUUACUCCAUGUGUGUGAGCUCCUGUCCGGAGACGUGUCUGGGUAUCAAUGGACCCCCGGGCUGCAGUGAGAAGUGUGUCGAGGGCUGUGAGUGUGACGCUGGCUUCAUCCUCAGUGACAGCAAAUGUGUUCCUGUUAAAGACUGCGGCUGUGUGGACUCCUCAGGCUCCUACCAUCCAGUAAAUGAGAGCUGGUAUCUGGAGGGCUGUAAACAGCAUUGCACAUGUGAAGGUGGAGGAAAUAUUCACUGUUAUGACACCAGCUGUCCUCCUAGUGAGAGCUGCCAGCUUCAAGAUGGAGACUAUGUCUGCAAACCAAGCGUGACCUGCCCUCCAGACUCUGAGUACAUUGAUUGUGGCCCAGCCUGUAUUCCUUCAUGCUCAGCACCCUCUACUAACUGCUCUGGUUCUUGCAUCAGCGGCUGCUUCUGUAAACCAGGAUUUGUUUUCCGUGGCCGGCGCUGUGUUCCUAUUGAGCAGUGUGGAUGUCUGGAUGAAGAAAACAAUUACUUUGAGCCCGGUGAGAUCAUAUUUGGAGAUGGCUGUUCCAAGUUGUGUCGCUGUGCUGGCAACUACACUUUCGACUGUGUGGACAACACCUGUGACCCUGUGACAGAAGAAUGUCGGGAGGUUGGUGGAGUGCAUGGCUGCUACCCUAAAGGAACCUCCACCUGUAUUGCUUCUGGUGACCCCCAUUACACCACCUUUGAUAACCGGCGCUAUGACUUCAUGGGAAACUGUUCUUACCUGAUGUCCGAGCCUUGUAACAGCACAGACGUGCCUCACUUCGCUGUAUACACAGACAAUGAGAAUCGCUUCAACAAUCCUCAUAUCAGCUAUGUAAAGGCAGUUCAUGUCCAUGCACUGGGAGUAAUAGUGUCCAUUCUGAAAGGAGGUAUUGUGCAGGUCAAUGGCACCAAUGUGAACAUUCCUCUGAGUCCUGUCAGUGGUGUUGAUAUUUUUAUGUCUGGCAAGCACUACACAGUGGCCUUGAACUUUGGAGUAACUGUACGUUACGAUGGAAACCACUAUAUGGACAUUAAAGUUAUCAAGGACUAUGAGGACAAACUUUGUGGGCUGUGUGGGGACUACAACGGAGACUCUCAGGAUGACUUCCAGACCCCAACUGGUGAACUGGUCCAAAGCCCCAAUGACUUUGGCCACAGCUGGAACAUAGACCCUGAGUGUAACAAGCCAGAGGUUGGUCCAUCCACAGGGUGUACAGAUGCUGAGGAGGAGUUGUAUGAAGGUCCUGCUUACUGUGGUAUCAUAUUGAACAGCAAUGGCCCAUUUGCUGCUUGUCAUCCAAAAGUCAACCCCAAUGGCUUCUUCAAAGACUGCUUGUUUGAUGUUUGUGAGCUGGAUGGUGCUCAUUCUGCAUUGUGUGAAGCAAUAGAGUCAUACGUCAACGAAUGUCAGGACCGUGGCGUCACAAUUGGACCCUGGAGAAACAGCACCUUCUGUCCUCUGAAAUGCCCAGCCAACAGUCACUUUGAAUCAUGUGCACCAGUUUGCCAGCCUUCCUGCAAUCCAACUCCACCAAGUCAGUGCAGCGGGCCUUGCUCUGAAGGAUGUGUUUGUGACCCUGGAUAUAUCCUCAGUGCUGGCCAGUGUGUGAAAGAAGAUACAUGUGGCUGCAGCUAUAACGGACAUUAUUAUAAGCCAGGUGAAGAGUUCUUCACUAAGGACUGUGAGCUACAGUGUAAGUGCAACCCCCCAUUUGUUACCUGCAGUGCUGCUGACUGCCCACCAAUGGAACAAUGUGGAGUACAGGAUGGAGUAAUUGGGUGUUACCCACAAGAAUCUAAAGACUGUAUUAUCUCUGGUGAUCCUCAUUAUAACACCUUUGAUGGCAAAUACUACAGCUACAUGGGCACUUGUACCUACACUCUGGCCCGCACCUGCAAAAACAACACUGGUCCCUGGUUCUCCAUUGAGGCCAAGAAUGAAGAGAGAGGAGUUUCUGGCGUUUCUUACCUGAGGAAACUGUACGUGACUGUUGACGGCAUCACAGUGACAAUGAUGAAAAACAGGAGAACUCUGGUGAAUGGACUCAGGGUGUCUCUCCCUCACUCCCCAUCUCCGCUCAUUUCACUGUCUGUUGCUGGACAAUAUGUAAUCCUCACAACUCCGUUCGGCCUGAAGGUGCAGUGGGACGGCAAUCAUUACGCUAAAAUCUCUGUUCCCAGUUCCUACUAUGACCAGAUGUGUGGCCUGUGUGGGGACUAUGAUGGAAACCCCAAUAAUGAUUUCACUAAGCCUGAUGGCUCCCAAACCGACAGCUCAAAUCAGUUUGGCGACAGCUGGAAAACUGAUGAGGAUGAGGAUGCAACGUGCAAGCCUGACCCCGGGCCUCAACCUCCCUGCGAUCCUGUGCUGGAGGGCGUCGUGUCAAACCCAGAGAACUGUGGGAGAAUAACUGACACAAAUGGAGCAUUUAGGGACUGUAUAAAGGUGGUGAACCCGUUGCCUUACUUCCAGAGCUGUGUGUUUGAUAUGUGCCGUUAUCAGGGGCUUCAGCAGGUCCUUUGUGACCAGCUUCAGGCUUACACUGACGCUUGCCUGAGUGCAGGUGCACCUGUCCAUCCAUGGAGAGAGCCAGACUUCUGUCCUCUGGAAUGUCCUCCAAACAGCCAUUACUCCAUGUGUGUGAGCUCCUGUCCGGAGACAUGUCUGGGUAUCAAUGGACCCCCGGGCUGCAGUGAGAAGUGUGUCGAGGGCUGUGAGUGUGACGCUGGCUUCAUCCUCAGUGACAGCAAAUGUGUUCCUGUUAAAGACUGCGGCUGUGUGGACUCCUCAGGCUCCUACCAUCCAGUAAAUGAGAGCUGGUAUCUGGAGGGCUGUAAACAGCACUGCACAUGUGAAGGUGGAGGAAAUAUUCACUGUUAUGACACCAGCUGUCCUCCUAGUGAGAGCUGCCAGCUUCAAGAUGGAGACUAUGUCUGCAAACCAAGCGUGACCUGCCCUCCAGACUCUGAGUACAUUGAUUGUGGCCCAGCCUGUAUUCCUUCAUGCUCAGCACCCUCUACUAACUGCUCUGGUUCUUGCAUCAGCGGCUGCUUCUGUAAACCAGGAUUUGUUUUCCGUGGCCGGCGCUGUGUUCCUAUUGAGCAGUGUGGAUGUCUGGAUGAAGAAAACAAUUACUUUGAGCCCGGUGAGAUCAUAUUUGGAGAUGGCUGUUCCAAGUUGUGUCGCUGUGCUGGCAACUACACUUUCGACUGUGUGGACAACACCUGUGACCCUGUGACAGAAGAAUGUCGGGAGGUUGGUGGAGUGCAUGGCUGCUACCCUAAAGGAACCUCCACCUGUAUUGCUUCUGGUGACCCCCAUUACACCACCUUUGAUAACCGGCGCUAUGACUUCAUGGGAAACUGUUCUUACCUGAUGUCCGAGCCUUGUAACAGCACAGACGUGCCUCACUUCGCUGUAUACACAGACAAUGAGAAUCGCUUCAACAAUCCUCAUAUCAGCUAUGUAAAGGCAGUUCAUGUCCAUGCACUGGGAGUAAUAGUGUCCAUUCUGAAAGGAGGUAUUGUGCAGGUCAAUGGCACCAAUGUGAACAUUCCUCUGAGUCCUGUCAGUGGUGUUGAUAUUUUUAUGUCUGGCAAGCACUACACAGUGGCCUUGAACUUUGGAGUAACUGUACGUUACGAUGGAAACCACUAUAUGGACAUUAAAGUUAUCAAGGACUAUGAGGACAAACUUUGUGGGCUGUGUGGGGACUACAACGGAGACUCUCAGGAUGACUUCCAGACCCCAACUGGUGAACUGGUCCAAAGCCCCAAUGACUUUGGCCACAGCUGGAACAUAGACCCUGAGUGUAACAAGCCAGAGGUUGGUCCAUCCACAGGGUGUACAGAUGCUGAGGAGGAGUUGUAUGAAGGUCCUGCUUACUGUGGUAUCAUAUUGAACAGCAAUGGCCCAUUUGCUGCUUGCCAUCCAAAAGUCAACCCCAAUGGCUUCUUCAAAGACUGCUUGUUUGAUGUUUGUGAGCUGGAUGGUGCUCAUUCUGCAUUGUGUGAAGCAAUAGAGUCAUACGUCAACGAAUGUCAGGACCGUGGCGUCACAAUUGGACCCUGGAGAAACAGCACCUUCUGUCCUCUGAAAUGCCCAGCCAACAGUCACUUUGAAUCAUGUGCACCAGUUUGCCAGCCUUCCUGCAAUCCAACUCCACCAAGUCAGUGCAGCGGGCCUUGCUCUGAAGGAUGUGUUUGUGACCCUGGAUAUAUCCUCAGUGCUGGCCAGUGUGUGAAAGAAGAUACAUGUGGCUGCAGCUAUAACGGACAUUAUUAUAAGCCAGGUGAAGAGUUCUUCACUAAGGACUGUGAGCUACAGUGUAAGUGCAACCCCCCAUUUGUUACCUGUAGUGCUGCUGACUGCCCACCAAUGGAACAAUGUGGAGUACAGGAUGGAGUAAUUGGGUGUUACCCACAAGAAUCUAAAGACUGUAUUAUCUCUGGUGAUCCUCAUUAUAACACCUUUGAUGGCAAAUACUACAGCUACAUGGGCACUUGUACCUACACUCUGGCCCGCACCUGCAAAAACAACACUGGUCCCUGGUUCUCCAUUGAGGCCAAGAAUGAAGAGAGAGGAGUUUCUGGCGUUUCUUACCUGAGGAAACUGUACGUGACUGUUGACGGCAUCACAGUGACAAUGAUGAAAAACAGGAGAACUCUGGUGAAUGGACUCAGGGUGUCUCUCCCUCACUCCCCAUCUCCGCUCAUUUCACUGUCUGUUGCUGGACAAUAUGUAAUCCUCACAACUCCGUUCGGCCUGAAGGUGCAGUGGGACGGCAAUCAUUACGCUAAAAUCUCUGUUCCCAGUUCCUACUAUGACCAGAUGUGUGGCCUGUGUGGGGACUAUGAUGGAAACCCCAAUAAUGAUUUCACUAAGCCUGAUGGCUCCCAAACCGACAGCUCAAAUCAGUUUGGCGACAGCUGGAAAACUGAUGAGGAUGAGGAUGCAACGUGCAAGCCUGACCCCGGGCCUCAACCUCCCUGCGAUCCUGUGCUGGAGGGCGUCGUGUCAAACCCAGAGAACUGUGGGAGAAUAACUGACACAAAUGGAGCAUUUAGGGACUGUAUAAAGGUGGUGAACCCGUUGCCUUACUUCCAGAGCUGUGUGUUUGAUAUGUGCCGUUAUCAGGGGCUUCAGCAGGUCCUUUGUGACCAGCUUCAGGCUUACACUGACGCUUGCCUGAGUGCAGGUGCACCUGUCCAUCCAUGGAGAGAGCCAGACUUCUGUCCUCUGGAAUGUCCUCCAAACAGCCAUUACUCCAUGUGUGUGAGCUCCUGUCCGGAGACAUGUCUGGGUAUCAAUGGACCCCCGGGAUGCAGUGAGAAGUGUGUCGAGGGCUGUGAGUGUGACGCUGGCUUCAUCCUCAGUGACAGCAAAUGUGUUCCUGUUAAAGACUGCGGCUGUGUGGACUCCUCAGGCUCCUACCAUCCAGUAAAUGAGAGCUGGUAUCUGGAGGGCUGUAAACAGCAUUGCACAUGUGAAGGUGGAGGAAAUAUUCACUGUUAUGACACCAGCUGUCCUCCUAGUGAGAGCUGCCAGCUUCAAGAUGGAGACUAUGUCUGCAAACCAAGCGUGACCUGCCCUCCAGACUCUGAGUACAUUGAUUGUGGCCCAGCCUGUAUUCCUUCAUGCUCAGCACCCUCUACUAACUGCUCUGGUUCUUGCAUCAGCGGCUGCUUCUGUAAACCAGGAUUUGUUUUCCGUGGCCAGCGCUGUGUUCCUAUUGAGCAGUGUGGAUGUCUGGAUGAAGAAAACAAUUACUUUGAGCCCGGUGAGAUCAUAUUUGGAGAUGGCUGUUCCAAGUUGUGUCGCUGUGCUGGCAACUACACUUUCGACUGUGUGGACAACACCUGUGACCCUGUGACAGAAGAAUGUCGGGAGGUUGGUGGAGUGCAUGGCUGCUACCCUAAAGGAACCUCCACCUGUAUUGCUUCUGGUGACCCCCAUUACACCACCUUUGAUAACCGGCGCUAUGACUUCAUGGGAAACUGUUCUUACCUGAUGUCCGAGCCUUGUAACAGCACAGACGUGCCUCACUUCGCUGUAUACACAGACAAUGAGAAUCGCUUCAACAAUCCUCAUAUCAGCUAUGUAAAGGCAGUUCAUGUCCAUGCACUGGGAGUAAUAGUGUCCAUUCUGAAAGGAGGUAUUGUGCAGGUCAAUGGUACCAAUGUGAACAUUCCUCUGAGUCCUGUCAGUGGUGUUGAUAUUUUUAUGUCUGGCAAGCACUACACAGUGGCCUUGAACUUUGGAGUAACUGUACGUUAUGAUGGAAACCACUAUAUGGACAUUAAAGUUAUCAAGGACUAUGAGGACAAACUUUGUGGGCUGUGUGGGGACUACAACGGAGACUCUCAGGAUGACUUCCAGACCCCAACUGGUGAACUGGUCCAAAGCCCCAAUGACUUUGGCCACAGCUGGAACAUAGACCCUGAGUGUAACAAGCCAGAGGUUGGUCCAUCCACAGGGUGUACAGAUGCUGAGGAGGAGUUGUAUGAAGGUCCUGCUUACUGUGGUAUCAUAUUGAACAGCAAUGGCCCAUUUGCUGCUUGCCAUCCAAAAGUCAACCCCAAUGGCUUCUUCAAAGACUGCUUGUUUGAUGUUUGUGAGCUGGAUGGUGCUCAUUCUGCAUUGUGUGAAGCAAUAGAGUCAUACGUCAAUGAAUGUCAGGACCGUGGCGUCACAAUUGGACCCUGGAGAAACAGCACCUUCUGUCCUCUGAAAUGCCCAGCCAACAGUCACUUUGAAUCAUGUGCACCAGUUUGCCAGCCUUCCUGCAAUCCAACUCCACCAAGUCAGUGCAGCGGGCCUUGCUCUGAAGGAUGUGUUUGUGACCCUGGAUAUAUCCUCAGUGCUGGCCAGUGUGUGAAAGAAGAUACAUGUGGCUGCAGCUAUAACGGACAUUAUUAUAAGCCAGGUGAAGAGUUCUUCACUAAGGACUGUGAGCUACAGUGUAAGUGCAACCCCCCAUUUGUUACCUGCAGUGCUGCUGACUGCCCACCAAUGGAACAAUGUGGAGUACAGGAUGGAGUAAUUGGGUGUUACCCACAAGAGUCUCAAGACUGUAUUAUCUCUGGUGAUCCUCAUUAUAACACCUUUGAUGGCAAAUACUACAGCUACAUGGGCACUUGUACCUACUCUCUGGCCCGCACCUGCAAAAACAACACUGGUCCCUGGUUCUCCAUUGAGGCCAAGAAUGAGGAAAGAGGCAUUUCUGGCGUUUCUUACCUGAGGAAACUGUACGUGACUGUUGACGGCAUCACAGUGACAAUGAUGAAAAACAGGAGAACUCUGGUGAAUGGACUCAGGGUGUCUCUCCCUCACUCCCCAUCUCCGCUCAUUUCACUGUCUGUUGCUGGACAAUAUGUAAUCCUCACAACUCCGUUCGGCCUGAAGGUGCAGUGGGACGGCAAUCAUUACGCUAAAAUCUCUGUUCCCAGUUCCUACUAUGACCAGAUGUGUGGCCUGUGUGGGGACUAUGAUGGAAACCCCAAUAAUGAUUUCACUAAGCCUGAUGGCUCCCAAACCGACAGCUCAAAUCAGUUUGGCGACAGCUGGAAAACUGAUGAGGAUGAGGAUGCAACGUGCAAGCCUGACCCCGGGCCUCAACCUCCCUGCGAUCAUGUGCUGGAGGGCGUCGUGUCAAACCCAGAGAACUGUGGGAGAAUAACUGACACAAAUGGAGCAUUUAGGGACUGUAUAAAGGUGGUGAACCCGUUGCCUUACUUCCAGAGCUGUGUGUUUGAUAUGUGCCGUUAUCAGGGGCUUCAGCAGGUCCUUUGUGACCAGCUUCAGGCUUACACUGAUGCUUGCCUGAGUGCAGGUGCACCUGUCCAUCCAUGGAGAGAGCCAGACUUCUGUCCUCUGGAAUGUCCUCCAAACAGCCAUUACUCCAUGUGUGUGAGCUCCUGUCCGGAGACAUGUCUGGGUAUCAAUGGACCCCCGGGCUGCAGUGAGAAGUGUGUCGAGGGCUGUGAGUGUGACCCUGGCUUCAUCCUCAGUGACAGCAAAUGUGUUCCUGUUAAAGACUGCGGCUGUGUGGACUCCUCAGGCUCCUACCAUCCAGUAAAUGAGAGCUGGUAUCUGGAGGGCUGUACACAGAAGUGUACAUGUGAGGGAGGAGGAAAUAUACAGUGUUACAACACCAGUUGUCUUCCUACUGAGAGCUGCCAACUUCAAGAUGGAGACUAUGGCUGCAAACCACUUGGUACAGGCAUUUGCUCAGUUUCUGGUGACCCUCAUUAUAACACCUUUGACGAUAAAGUACAUCACUUCAUGGGUGCCUGUUCCUACGUUCUCACCAAGCCCUGUAAUGAGACCUCAGGCUUGCCAUACUUCUCUGUGGAGACACAGAACGAGCACAGAGACAAUAAUAAGAAAGUAUCUUAUGUAAGAUCUGUCAUCAUCAAUGUUCAUGACACAACAGUCAUUUUGGACAAAGGUCGCAAAGUUCAGGUGAAUGGAGUUCAGGUCACUGUGCCGGUCACACUUUCAAAUGGUAUUAAGAUCUUCCUAAGUGGCAAAUUUGUGGUGCUCGAGACAGACUUCGGAUUGCGUGUCCGUUUUGAUGGAAACCAUCAUGCAGAUGUCACCUUGCCUUCCUCUUACAGCGGACUGUUAUGUGGACUCUGUGGAAAUUAUAAUGAUAAUCCUAAUGAUGACAACAUCAAGCCAGAUGGAACGCCGACAGACAGCACUAAUGAGCUUGGAGAAAGCUGGCAGGUGCCAGACGACAGACCUGAUUGUACUCACGGUGGAGGAGACAUUGAAUGUGAUGACAAGAUCCAGAAUGAAGCACAGAAGCCUACUAGCUGUGGCAUGAUCACCGACCCCAAUGGAAUCUUCAAGCCAUGUCAUGCAGUGGUGCCUCCUGGUCCUUACUUUGAGAACUGUGUGUUUGAUCAGUGUGGCACUGGUGGCGCCACAGUGGCUCUGUGCCAAGCUAUUCAAAGCUAUGCUGACCUGUGCGCUCAAGCCGGGGUGCCAAUUAACUGGAGGAAUAACACCUUCUGUCCUAUUAAAUGUCUGGUUGGCAGUCACUAUGAGCCGUGCGGUUCAGCCUGUCCAGCCAGCUGUCAGGACCCUGGAUCUGAAAGCACCUGUUCUGAGCCCUGCGUUGAGGGAUGUGUGUGUGACCCUGGUUUUGUCCUCAGUGGGGACAAGUGUGUGCCCUUCAGCGAGUGUGGUUGCACCGACAGAGACAACAACUACAGACCUGUUGGAGACAGCUGGUUCACAAAAGAUGAUUGCACAGAGCGCUGUGUUUGUUCACCUUUCAAUACGGUGACGUGCGAGGCAUGGCAAUGUGGUCCCGCUCAGGAAUGUAAGGUCAAUGAGGGUGAACUGGGCUGUGUGAACACAGGAGUGGGCAUUUGCCACAUUGCUGGUGAUCCUCACUACUACACUUUUGACGGCAUCAUGCACACCUACAUGGGUACCUGCACUUACACGCUGGUGGCGAUAUGCGACACCUCUAUGGUGACACCCUUCACCAUCGUGGCCAAGAACGAAGAGCGCGGCCAACCAGAAGCCUCGUAUGUUCGCUCUGUGACCGUCUACCUGCCCACUGCCAACAUCACCAUCAGCAAGAGUGGAAGAGUACUGCUGGAUGAACGCAGGAUAAAAACCCCCUACGACAUCAGUUCAGCCAAGGCAAGGGUGUUCACCAGUGGAGUAAACACCGUCCUCGACACUGACUUUGGCCUGAUUGUGAAGUUUGAUGGAGUGCACCAUGUCGAAAUCACAGUCCCUGGAGACUAUUUCAACAAGGUGUGUGGAAUGUGUGGUAACUACAACGGAGAUUCCUCUGAUGACAACUUGAAGCCUGAUGGCAAACCAGCCAAAGAUGCCAUUGAACUUGGUGACAGCUGGAAGGCUGAGGGAGACAGUGAUCCUGGAUGUCAACCUGAUCCACGGCCGGAUGACAAACCCAACUGCAACAAGAAUGAGGAAGAAAUCUACAAGUCCCAGUGUGCGGCUUCUAUCCUGUCCGAUCACUUCAAGCCCUGUCACGCUCUCAUUCCUCCAGAAUCUUUCCUGGAGAACUGCGUCUAUGACAUGUGCGAGUAUAAUGGCAUGCAGUCGACUCUGUGCGAUAACAUUGAUGCUUACGCUCAGGCCUGUCAUAGCGCUGGAGUCACGAUCAGCUGGAGAAACAGCACCUUCUGUCCUCUCCCGUGUCCACCAAACAGUCACUAUUCUGAGUGCACAGCACCAUGUCCUCCUACUUGUGCCGAUCUCUUCCCCAUAUUCUGCCCAUUACCACCCAACAGCUGUGUAGAGGGCUGCCAGUGCAAUGGAGGUUUUGUGCUAAGUGACGGCAAGUGUAUUCCCCUCUCAAGCUGUGGAUGUGUUGACAGCAGUGGAGAGUAUCAUGAUGUGGGAGAUUCGUGGAUAACGGACCACUGUGAACAGAGGUGCAGCUGCAGUCUUGGAGGAGUGCUGUCCUGCACGUCCUUUGAAUGCAAUGAGAACUCGAUCUGUGAUCUCAACAGCAAUGGAGACCGUUACUGCAAACCUGAGAAAUUCGAUGACUGCAGUAUUGCCGGGGACCCUCACUAUCGUACCUUUGACAAAUACAAUCACCACUACCAGGGAGCGUAUACCUAUGUAUUAACUCAGAGCAACAAUCUACCGAGCUCCCUCACCCCUUUCACAGUCCGUGGCAAAAACCAGCGGCAGGGAGGCAUCGGCCGGGUGUCACUGCUGCGCGAGGUCUAUGUGGAUGUGUACGGCAUUACUGUUCGCAUGCAGCAGAAUAAGAAAGUUCUGGUCAAUGAUGAGAAAGUUGGUCUACCAUUCAGUCCUGUACGUGGAGUGAACAUAAAAACCAAGUCUCGCUUUGUUAUGCUCACAACUGACUUUGGCCUUUCUGUGCGCUUUGAUGGAAAUGCUCAAGCAGUGGUAACUCUGCCUAGUGUAUACAGAUCUCGUGUUCUCGGCCUUUGCGGUAAUUAUGAUGGGCAGAACGGUAAUGAGUACACAAAACCAGACGGCACAGUAACCCGCAACCUCAAUGAGUUUGGAGACAGCUGGAGAGUAACUGACAGACAGGCGGGUCUUCGUACCACAUCCCUACCAAAGAUGGUGCACCUACACAAGCGUGAAGUGCAGGCCGAUCCAGAUUCAGGGUUUGAGACGACGGGCUGCACAGAUGCUCUGCUGAAUGAGCUGAAUGGGAAUAAAAUGUGUGGGGCUAUCAGUGACCCUAAUGGGCCUUUUGCUGCCUGUCAUGCUGUGAAUGCUCCGAAUGUCUUCCAGGAGAAUUGUGUGUUUGACCUGUGUGCUGAGCAGGGCAGUGAAGUACUGCGCUGUGAAAAUUACGCGGUCUACGCUCGGGCUUGCCAAGAUCAGGGUGUCAAAAUAGGGCCGUGGAGAAAAGAACUGAAUUGCGGUCUGCAGUGUGGGCCCAAUAGCAACUACACAGACUGUAUGACUCCUUGCCCAGCGUCCUGCGCAGACCUGGCGGCUCCCUCCGAGUGUGAGCAAACACUGUGUGUGGAGGGAUGUAACUGCGCCCCUGGCUUUGUCCUGAGCGACCAAGACUGUGUUCCUUACAGCGAGUGUGGAUGCACUUACCUCGAUCGCUAUUAUCUGCUGAAGGAGACAUUUGUGACAGAAGAUUGUUCUCAGAGGUGUGAAUGUACUUCCACCGGUGCUGUGUGUCAAACUAAGGGCUGUGGAGACAAUGAGCUCUGCACUGUGUACGACACCAAACGUGACUGUUAUAAAUCGAGUCCAUGUUUGAGCUCGCCCUGUCAGAAUGACGGGACCUGUGUGGAAAAAGCAGAUGGUCCUGGUUACACCUGCACUUGCUCUGAAGGUUUUGAGGGCACAAACUGUGAGGUCUUUAAAACCCCCUCUGCGGGAGGCCUGGAUAAAACAUCUAUUAUCUUGAUUGGAGUCCUCGUGCCCCUUGGCGUCAUCCUCAUAGUCACAGCGAUUGUGUGCAUUUACAAGAAGUGCAGCGGCAAAAAGAUGAGUGAUGAAUCAAGUCAAAUUGAGUUGAACAAAAAUACAGAUCAACCCUAUGAAACUCUAGAUGAGGAUAAGAGGGAGGAAACAGACAACAGGGUGGUGAAUGCCACAACAUUUUGAAGCAAAACCGUUUUUUUGACAAUGAUUUGCUGACAAGAUUUUGUUUAUAUUUAUUCACUUUAAAUGUCUUUGUGAAAUAUUUGAACUAAGUUGCAAAACCUGUUUAUAUUUUACUUUUUAAAAUGUUUCCAGUAACAUAUUUAUAAACUUUAUUGUAAUUUUUGGUCUUAGCUAUGUUGUGAUUUGGGGAAUGAGUGCAAUUAUCAAAUGUCUAUAAAUAUCUAAUGUGAAAUAAAUGAUAUUUU